AUGAGUGCUGCAGAUCCCAUUCUUCUCUCAGACGAUAGUGAUAUGGAUAUAUCAGACACUGAACAACCAGUGGUUCAAAGUGUCUUGACGCAUCCCACUCCCGACAACAGAUUGCAAGCUGCAUUGGAUGCUGGCGUACGACCUUUUGUACUUGAUCCUCAAGAGACCAUUGUGAUUAACCUGAAUGACUUGGAGGAAGCUGAUCCAGAGGCUGAAGAUAUUGAGGAUAUGUAUGGACCGUUUGCGAUAUCGAAUGGAGCCUUCAGUCCUGCACGAGAAAAUUCACCAAAGAUCGAUCAUUCGAGGAUUACAGCACGACAACAAGAACUCACAAAGCAACAAGAAAUCGCCAAGCUUAAGAUGUUGAUUGCUGAAAAGGAGAUGCUUCGAAAGCAAAAGGUGGAAAAGCAACAGCAGCAACAGCAGCAUGAUGAGCAACAACAACAACAACAACAACAACAACAACAUCCUAUCCAGACAAAACAAUUCAAAGAGACCCUGGAUACCACCCCUUCAUCGCCAUCGAUACCAACAUCAUCAUCAUCAACUCCAACACCAACAACUACGACUACUACGACGACGACGAAUAAUGAUUUACAGCAAUCGAUCGAUGCAGUGAGCAAAGAGAUAGAUGACAGCAAGGCUGAAUUAGCUGCAGCGCUCGAUACAGAACUCGAUAAUGCUGGGAUGACAGAAUUGGAUAUUGAUUCAGGACCACCUACACCGCCCGAAAACGAUCCCAUGAUAUGCGACAAUGAAUCCGUCACCUCUGAAGAUUCUUAUAAAACAGCACCAUCACCAUCUUCAGCCAAUGAUGAUAUGGAUAGCGAGAUGGAUUAUUUGAUGGAAGCCAUUGAGGAGUGCAACAAGCAAUUGGAAGCUAUUCAGAAGGAACGUAGGGAAGCGAAUCUCAAGAUCCUGGGUUUGGAAGUGCGAUUAUCAAUGCAAAAGAAUCGAACCAUCAAAAAGAAGAACAAUGUGGACGAUUUACUCGGCAAACAUCGUAAAGCAGGCAUUGAAAAGAGAACAACACCUUUGAUACGACGAUCUCGAAUGGAUUGGCCAUCAACAACAACGCUCGUUUCCUCUAUUCAACCUCUUCUCUCAUCAUCAGCACCAUCAUCAGCAUCAACAUUUGUAUUACCUCCUCCACCUCCUCCAUCAUACUCAUUACCACCUCCGCCGCCGCCGCCUCCACCACCUCCACCACCUCCUCCGCC